AUGGCGGAGCCCGUGUCGAGUUUCGAGGCGUUUGCGGACGCGUACCGCGCCGCGAAAAGCCUCGAUCUUGCAGAGCAGCUUGACCCUGAGUCGGGAACCGCACUUGUGUUUGCGGAUAUCUGCGCCGAACGUGCGCGGCUCGACGAAGACGGCGUCGUAGCGCCGUUGGAAGACGUCAACGUGGACGAAUGGAAGACGGAGGAACAUACCUGGACGCUGAUCCAGCUCCUGUUUUCUGAACGAUAUAUCGAAGGCCGCCCAAGCCUGCGCGCAGAUGCCGCGCACGUAUACGAGACACCUCUUGCGACCGUGCAGCGUAUUUUGGAGGCCGAUACCGAGCUGACCGAGCUCAAGAUUGUGCGUGAAUGGCUCCAGGAGCUUCUUCCUGUGCAGCACACCAUCGAGGUGCGCAAAGGGUACCUCCCCUUUACGAAGAAUGCGCUGCGCUCGUCGAAGCGCACGCAGCUUCCGUCGAACCUUUCCGGCCGCCGCGGCAACGAGCGCCUGGUGCAGCACCUGGACCCCGAUGCGUCUGUGCGUGGCCCUGGAUCACUUGACGUGGAAGACGUGAACUACGAAAAAGCGCUCGUUCGCUCCCUCUUUGAAUACGUGCGUGCCGGCGAGCUGGACAAGGCGCUGCAUCUCUGCUCGCAAACGAGCCAGCCGUGGCGUGCAGCAUCGCUGCGUGGUGCGCUCUUUUACCACAACCCCCAGCUUGCGGAGCCGACCGGCGACGAGGCACUCGGCGACCGCAUGCGCAGUGUCUGGCGGCGCGUCGCCGAAAAAGCCGCGACGAGCCAUGCGUUGGACCCGUACGAGCGUGCGCUGUAUGGCGCGCUCUGUGGCCAGCUCUCGUCUGUGCUUGCAGUGAGCGAGACGUGGGAGGAGCAGCUGUGGGGCUACAUUAAUGCGCGCUUUGAGCAGCGCCUGCAGCGCGAGCUGGUCGAGGCGACGCCGGCGCAGUGGAACGCGGACGGUGCAUCCCAUACCUCGAGCACGCUGCCCGAGGCGUCCGCGGAGGCCUCCGAGAGUCUCGAGUCGAUCUUUGAGCAGCUCGUGCAGUCCAAGAGCCCCGGUCUGCAGCAUGCGGCGAUGGACCCCUACCAUAUCACGCAGCGGGCGGUGAUUACGAACCAGAUUCCCGACCUGAUUGCGCGCGUGAAUGCGCGUCUCCCCGAGCUCGAGGCGCUGCGCCCCGAGGAGUUUGCGCGUCUCGUGCGCUUCUUUGCGCACCUCGUCCUCUACUGCCAUAUGGUGCAUAUCCCGCUCCCUGUCGCGCUCCGUGCGCCGAUUCUCAACGCAUACGUCGGCGUGCUGCAGCGCGCCGAGCAGAGUAGCGAGCUGGUCGCCUUGUACGCGAGCAGUCUUGAAACAGAAGACGCGCACGUCGUAUAUGCCGAGUUCCUCUGUGGCAUGGAGACCGAUGCGCCGCUCGAGGAGCGCCGCCGGGCGCUGCUCCAGGCGCAGCCGCACAAUCUGGACCCUGCAAUUGUGGCGCGGUGCACGGUGGACAUGAUCUUUACGUCGCUCCUGCCCGCGGUGGCCGAAGGCGGUGCGACGAGCGACUGGGACGCCUCGCUCUCGCCGAACGAGCGGCGCCUGAUUCUGGCGGUCGACUGGCUGACGUUCUUUGAGGCUACGUACGCGGACGCCAUCCUCCAGGCGAACCGCCUGAUGCGCGUCUUUAUGGUGUCUGGGCGCCUGCAUGCGGCGCACAGCCUCUUGCAGCGCCUGCCCCACGAGCUCUUUGCGCAGCUCGACACGGCCGACGUGCCCGAGGACCAAGUGCUCGAGCUCGACCACUGGCGCAGCUACUUUGACGUGCUCAACAAGAACGUCGCGGUGCGUGGCCUCUGGAGCGACUACUGCCAGACGGACUCGCGCGCGGAGCAGCACCAAGGCCUCGCGGCGCUUGCCGAAGCGGUGGAUGCGGCGCGCUUUGCCAACCUCGAGCUGCUGGAGCUCGGCUGGCUGCGCAUCGCCUUGGAGCCCGUCUCGGAGGAGGACGCGCUGCGCCUCGACGAGCUGCUCAUGAUCCGGCGGCGCUACAUCCCCGAGAUUGUGCUCAGCCUGCACCUGAUGCUGGUGGAUACGAGCCAGGCGCUGCCCGAGAACCUCGCGCACGCGCUGGCGCUGCCGAACCUGGUCGCAGACGAGCGCUUGCGCCUCUAUGCCGAGUUCUCUGCGGCCGAGCCCCUCGCGGACGGCUCGCGCAACCUGCUGCGGGCGUACCUGGAGCACGUCCGGAACGCCGCGCUGCUUGCUAUGGACCGUCGCCAGGACGUGCUGGGGUGUGACAAAGGCGUGCUUGUCUAG